GUAUCGGUAGUUUUGCCAGAUUCUUUCAAACUACCCGAUCAGUUCGCUAACGUGCUGGUCAAUGACUGCGAGUAUUACAAGAUCUUGGACUUGAAUCUGGCUGCUUUGUUGGGCUCAAAGUUUCGACAGAAUUUUAUUAAAAAGGGAAAAUUGAUCCUAUUAAGCAUCGGAACUCGAAUUGAUUGUGAUAAUUGCUGUGCUAUUACACCGACCGGCAGUUUGAUUUUGUCGCUCACAAAAGACUCUUAUCAGAGGUUUGGUCUGGACGGUAAAGUAUCCCAUUUUACCAAAAGGAACAAAGACAGAUACAACAAUGCCCAAGUUCAGAGAUGUUCGCUCUUUGAAAACCCUGUCGCUAAAAAGUGUUGGAUCUCUGGUAGUCCAUAUGACGCCAACCAUAAUAUCGAAAUUCCGACAUAGUAAAGAUCCUGAGAAGAUUAUGGGCAGUCUUCAGAGAAGCAUCGACAGAUUAAAUGAAACACUGGUCGCAUACGUUCCUUAUUAUUUGCAUGAAACAAUGGCUGUGGAGGUGUUGGAAGCUGUAAAGGUUUUGAUAGAGAAAAAGCGGAAAACUUGCUACUACAACUAUUCGAUGUCGCACUUCUUAACGGAAAUGAACGUCCUGGUUAGUUUGACUGAGGUAGUGCUCAAUCAUCGAUUGAGAAACAUUGACUUCUCCCGAUGGCCUAAGAUUAUGAGAUAUGUGCUAUAUAAGAACUUGGGCAAGAUGAGCGGCUUGGAGGUGCUGAACCUCGGCUCCUGCACUGGAGGUUGGCGCACAUCCGAGUUCGACAAAUACAUUCUGGAUGGCAUCAGAAUUAUGAGAAAUCUGCGCUCGAUUUGUCUGUGCUUCGACUGUAGCGACCUGGUGAUUCAAACCGUCUCAGAAAACUGCCCCUUCAUUCAGAGCAUCGAUGUAACAUCAUCUGGUUGUGUAACCGACCGCAGCAUACCGUGCCUACUUAAUUGUAAGCAGCUGAAAGAGCUGCAGUUGCAUCGAACGUCUGUUUCGGUAUCGGGGCUUGCCAAGCUAAUCAGCGGCCUGCCGAGGCUGCAAAAUAUCGGCAAGUGUGAUGAAUUCCGUCACAUCAUCGUCUACAUCUACCAAAGUGAAAUCAACUGUGGACCUUUCGAGCUGAGGAACAUACAGACUAGGGACUUGUCUACGGAAAGUCUGCGACUGCUGGUGGAAAUGUUCCCCAAAGUGGAAUACAUUUCGCUGUUCCACGACAUGCAAGUGGCGGAUUUGUCGGUGCUGGUCUCUCUAGUCCGCUUGAGGGAACUCAAGCUGCUCUCAUGCGCUUUUUAUGGAGACUCCUUGAAGCAGCUCCUGGAAAUUGCCGGGCGCAACUUCACUCACAUCCACUUGGAGCACGUGGAAGAAAUGGACUUCAACGUUCUAGGCGUGAUAGGCAACUACUGCCCGAAACUGAAAAGUCUGGUUUUUUACAAUUGUGAUCUGCGAUCGGCCUUGGUAGCAAACAACCGAAUUCUGGAGCCUUUACAAGCCCACCCGUUUUACAAUUUAGAGCGCAUUUUUUGGGUGGUAGAUAGCAGCACGAGCUAUUUGGAAUUCAUCCUGUCUCAUGCCGUUAACAUUCGGUACAUCCAUUUGGGCUCUUCAUCGGGAAUCACUCACUCGAGUAUGGUGAACAUUCUGCGGAUCAACCCGAUGAAGCACUUAGAGGAGCUCAGGGUGCUUUAUAGUAGCGACAUGAACAUGAGAACGGUUGAACUGCUGUUGGCCAGUUGUACUAGUCUGAAGGUGCUUUCGGAGCUGGAGAGUUGGCAGGGUAUUUCCAUUGAAGAACUGAAUAGCUUUAGACAUCAGAUCAAGUCCAGCAACUUUGAUUUGGAUAUCAGCCCCACUCUGUCUUUUUCCAGUUGCUAGCUGAGUUGGAAAAUUUAGAUCAUUUUGCAUGGUUUUUUUUGUUUUAAUCGUUUAGUUUUAACUGGGAAAUUGGUGGGAAGCAAAAACUCAACUAUAUUCUUGUACCUCGUUUGUGUGGUUGUAUGCGUUUUCGAUUGCUUAAGUUAAAGCAGAACAAUAAAUGUAUAUAUUUUCAAAA